UCAGCAUAGAAGGUACUCAGAGCAUUUAAUUCAAGUUUUUAAAAAGAGGUGAUAAGGGAAAGUGGACAUCAAGUUUACUCAGGAGAAUUUUCUUCUUAUUAUGCACUGCUGGUCAAACAUUUUCUUCUUGACACGCCCUGUAAAUGUGAAUGCAUAGACCUGUGUACGUGUCCGACUGGGUGUGCAGCGGAUUGUGUAGCCUUGCUAAUUUUAGUUAGCAUCGUCCCUACGCGGAACAGUUUCUAUAAACAUGACUUGUGCUUUUUUACGAGCCAUACGGUAUACGGAGAAGCUGUACAGGUCCUCAGGGAAGCGAUUGUUUUUGCCAUACCUGGUGCUUAACAAAGCCUGCUUGAAGACUGAGACCAGUUUGAAAUGGGGACUUCAAGAGCCGAAGAAAACGGUGCGAUCUGGAUGUAAUAUUGGAGUCACCCGGAAAACCAUCUGGACACAGGGACCGAGUUCCCUAAAAGCAAAGGAAGACAGCAGCAAACAAGUGUCUGUGCACAGAAGUCAGAGCGGGGAAACCGCCAUCUCAACGUCACAGAAAGUGAAAGAAGCCGGAAGAGAUUUUACCUACUUAAUAGUGGUGCUUAUUGGAAUCGGCGUUACAGGUGGCUUGUUUUACACAAUUUUCAAAGAACUUUUUUCUUCAUUCAGUCCAAAUAAGAUAUAUGGGAAAGCCUUAGAAAAAUGCCGAUCACAUCCUGAGGUGGUGAGUGUCUUUGGCGAGCCAGUGAAAGGCUAUGGGGAGGUGACGAGGCGGGGCCGGAGGCAACAUGUCAGUUUCAUUGAAUAUGUAAAAGAUGGGCUGAAAUACUUGCGUGUGAAGUUCUACAUUGAAGGCUCUGAGCCCGGGAAGCAAGGAACAGUGCAUGUGGAAGUGAAGGAGAACCCAGGAAGUGGCGAAUGUGAUUUUCAAUAUAUAUUUGUAGAAGUUGAGUCCUAUCCUAGAAGAACUAUUGUCGUGGAAGAUAAUCGAUUCCAAGAUAAUUAGGAGAAUCAAUCAGGCAUGCUGUUUCCUGGUGGUUGUUAGGUGGUUGGACUCACUGUUCUCCAAUUCACAGCUCUUCCAGAAUCUCUUCAAAAGAAUAAGACAGAAAGGAGUAUAGUGCAUAUAAAAGUGAGUGUAUUAGGAUAUUUGUUGCAUUUAAACAAACUAGAGAUUUUCUUGUGGGAAAUUAUGAAAUAGAGCAUAUUUUAUGUUCUCCCAUUGAAUCGUUGAUCAUGACAAUAUUUCUGCUCUACUUAACAUCAUCUUUCAGGAUGAGAAAUUUUUUUACUGAAAAUUUUGCACCAUAUAAAUAAAUAAUAUAGAUUUUAGUAUUUUAUGCUUCUUAUAUUGCAUAACUGUAUAAAGCCUGCAGAAUAAAAAUAAAAUGAACAAAAAGAUAUCAGAA